AUGAUCUGUAACAAAGGGGCUUACAUAGUCGACAAUGAGUUCAACUCUGAGGCCAAGUUUUCUGUUUUGACACGAAGACUUGAGUCGUUAGAAAGAAAUGUUAAUAUUAAGCCUGUUGAGUUUGUUACACAUACAUCUUCUAUUCCUAGUGAUUGUACUAAUCAAAGAAUUUCUAGUUUGGAAGAAAGUAUGAGUUUGUUUAUGCAGGCUACUCAAAGAUCUAUGGAGAGCUUACAACAACAACUAAAUCAGCUUGCCAGCCAACUGAAUGAGCAAGAUAACGGUCAAGUCCCGAGGCAAAUACAACCCCACCAUAAAGGUUCUUUUGAGGAAAGCACAUCUGGUGUUAAGCCGACUCAUCAUGACCAUGCCUUCUCUACCCUAAGUAGUGGACGGGUCAUAGAUAACCAUGUCAGCGGUUCCAAGGACAGAGAGCAAGAUAGGAACAUGCCUACCUUUACACAGGUUACUCCUUCAACACAAAAAGAAACCAAUGAAACCGAGAAAGGUAAAUCUGAAAUUCCUUAUGUUCCUCGUGCUCCUUUUCCUCAAGCAUCACUACCUCGUAAGAAAGGAGCUAGCCCUAAUGACAUCUUAGAAGUAUUUAAACAGGUUAAUGUUAACAUUCCUCUCUUAGAUGCCAUUAAACAAAUUCCUUCUUAUGCCAAGUUUCUAAGAGAUAUGUGCACUGUGAAACAAAAAUUGAAUGUACAUAAGAAUGCUUUCCUUACUGAACAGGUAAGCUCGAUUAUUACACAGAGAACUCCACCCAAAUUUAAAGAUCCGGGUUGUCCUACUAUUGCUUGCACUAUUGGAGAACACAGGAUUGAACAUGCAUUGUUAGAUUUAGGGGCUAGUGUGAAUCUCUUGCCAUAUUCUGUGUAUGUGCAAUUAGAGCUUGGUAAUUUAAAACCCGCUAAUGUUACCCUCCAAUUGGUUGAUAGGUCCACAAAAAUUCCUAGAGGAGUGGUAGAGGAUGUUCUUAUACAGGUUGAAAGUUUUAUUUAUCCCGUUGACUUUAUUGUUUUGGAUACUCAGCUUGUCUCUAAUCCUAGUGGGAAGGUUCCCGUCAUCUUAGGUAGACCUUUCUUGGCUACCUCAAAUGCGGUUAUCAAUUGUCGGAAUGGAAUCAUGGAGCUUACUUUUGAAAAUAUGAAAAUGGAGAUAAAUGUGUUUCACCUUUUGAAUUCAUCUCCAGUUUCUGAAACUUUUGAACAUGUUUGCAUGAUUGAUAGUGCGAAUGAUUCUACUUACUGUUACAACGAGAAUCUCGAAAAUCUCAAAAACAUGUCUGAAAAGUUUGCAGAUUGUAAGGAGUGCUCUAAAUAUGAAUUAUCAGAUAUUUGCUUAUCUUAUUCUGCCGAUUCUGACAAUUAUCUUUUUCACGAAAUUGUUGCGUUGAAUCUCUCUUUCCAUGAUCUAUCUACUAGUUUUCAGAGUACUUAUAUGAGUGUUGAGCAUAUGGAUGCUGGUCAAGUCAUUCAUAUAAACAAGUUGGAAUUGAAAUAUGUUUGUUUAGCUCCUUCCAUCAACUCUAAUGUCCUCAUGCUAAUGCCUCUUAUUCCUAGUGAACAUAAUGUGUCCAGCAAUAUCAGUUCAGUAGAUUUAGAACUGGAUUUAGGGUAUACGACAUAUGUUGAAUUGUCUGAACAACGUGUACUUAUUAUCCGUUCAUAUUUUCAGCUAUAG